AUGAAUAUAAAUUAUUUAGAAGAUAAUUGCAAUAAAUUUACUUCAAGAAAUAUUAGUUAUAAUAGUAAAAUAAUAUCAUUGAAUAAUUUGAGAAAAAUACUGUUAGACUUAGAUGUAAUAAUAGAUUCAUCUAAGUUAAUAAUUAAAAAUAAUGAGAAAUUUGAUAUCGAAUUAAUAAAUAAUAUUAAUGAUAGUUUUGUUGAAAAAAUUAGUAAUCUACUGUUAGAUAAAAAAAGAAAUAUUAUACCAGAAGAUGAACUAAUAGAUUUUGUGUUUUUAAUAAUGAAAGAACGAAAAGAAAAUAAUUCAUCAAAAAGAGAGAAUAUAGAAAAUCAAUUAUCUAUUUCAAACAAUGAAGUUGCUAGAUGUCCUAUAAAAAAUGAAGUUUGUGCCUUAAUACAAAAAAUAAAUAACUUUUAUUCUUAUUUUAAUGAAAAUAUUUUGGAAGAAAAUAUAUCAUUAAUAAAAUCAAAUAAACAAAAUGAAAGAAAUUACAAAAAUACAUUUGAAGAAAAUGAAACAUUUAAAAAAAAUAUUAUAAAUAACAAUAAGAACACCAUAAAAGAAAGCAGUAAAGAAUCAGAAGAACUGCAAACACAAAAGAUAACUCAACAUAUAAGUGAAGUUCAAAAUUUUUCUAAAAAUAUACUUAAUAUUAGUAUUAGUGAAAAGGAGUCAGAGGAGUUUAAAAAAUAUAUAGAAAUGCGUAUUGAUAAAAAAAAAUUAAAUGAAGAUAAAAAAAAUAGUUACGUAAAUAAUAAAAGCGAAUUUAAUGAAUCUAUUACUACAAUUAUAACAGAAGAAAAAAUUGUUAAUAAUAAUAGGAAUAUUUAUAAUACUAUUAAUAUAAAAGAAAAUGAGGGAAGCAAGAAAUUAAAUUACGUAUAUAAUAAAAAAUAUGUAGAACUAUCUGAAAAUGAAAAAGAAAGAAAUAACAAAAAUAAUGAUUUAAAUAAUUUAAUUCACAAAAUAGAUGAAAAUUAUGAAAAAAAAAAAAAAAAAAAAAUCAGUGAAAAUUAUUCAAAAAAUAAUGCACAUAAUGAUUUAAAUUAUUGUAAUAACAUCAACAGUAAUGUUUACAGAAAUAUAAAAUAUAAUAACGAUGAUAAUAUGAAUAAAAAUAAUAUAAUCUUAAGUAGUAAUGAAAACUACAUAAAUAAUGAUGAAGAAAACAUUUUAAAUAAUGAAAAAUUAGCUGUGAGUAAAGACAAAGUAUUAAAAAUAGACAACAAAAAUAAAAUGAAGAAAAAUAUUAAAGAAAACGAAUUAAUAAAUAAAUUUAAUAAUCAUAUAUAUUCAAAAGAAAAUGAUAUUAUACAAGAAUUAUGUUAUGAUAAGAAAUUGUUACAUAACGAUUUAAAUUUAUCAAGAGAUGAAAUAACUUAUAAUUUAUCUGAUAUAAUUGAAGAUAAAAACUCUAAUAGUGGGUUUAAUAAAACCAGCAGUCACAUUGAAUGUAAAUCGAUAAACAGUAAAAAAAGCAUUUCUUCAAAUAGUUCCUGUCAAAAUGUGACUAUUAAAAAUUAUAAAAUGAAAAAUUGUAUGAACGUAGAAAAUAUUGAUGUGAGAAAAAAAGAUAUUUUGAAAAAGAUGAAUAUAAAAGAAAAUAAAACUAACAAAAAUAUACAAUAUGAUAAUGGAGACAAAAGAGAUAUUAUUAAAAGAAGUUUGUGUGAUGAUAUCAUUAACAAUCUUAAAAUAAAUGAAACAAAUUCUUUAGAAGAAUCUAAUCGCAUUAUAUUUGAUUCUAUGGAAGAAUUUUCUAUAAAAAAAAAUAAUCAUUAUAAAAGUGAAAAUAAAAAUUUCCAUGAAUUAAAGGAAGAUGAUUUUAUUUAUGAUGAGAACAAAAAAUGUCUUCUUGAUCCAUUUGAAAAUGAUUUACAUAAAAAUCAUAACAUAUAUGAAAAACAAGAGUGGAACGAAAAUCAUUUGUACAAUAUAAGUUUAAAUUGUUCAAGUAAUAAUAAUCAACCAAAUAACAAAGAUAAGAAAAAAAUAUACAUUAAAUGUAAUGAAUCUAUGCAUAUAAAAAAAAAUGAAUCAAAAAAUGAUAACUUGUGUUGUAAUCCUCAGUGUAAUAAUCUUAAAUCCUCCUUCAAAUUAAAAGAAGAUCAUAAUGUAAUUAAAAAAGACAUUAGUAAAAAUUAUAAUGAAUUACAAGAUUUCAAAUAUAAUAUCAAAGAAAAUAACGAAAUUUUAAUGAAAAAUCAAAAUAACUAUUUUAAUAGUGCAUCAAUAAGCUUAGAAAAUGAUAUAUUUGUUAAUAAGAAAAAAGAAAAAGAGGAUAACCAUAAUUCAGAUAUUGGAUAUAAAACUGAUCAAAAAGAUAACCAAUAUUUAGUUCUAAAUUAUAAUAGAAGGAAAACAGAUGGUGAAACAAAUCAAACUGAUGAGGUUGGAAGUAAUAAAUAUACAAAUAAAAUAGAUAAUAUUAAAUUAAAUAUGAAUAAUUAUAGAAAAAUACAAAAUGAUGUUUCUGAAAAUUUCAAUAAUGAUAAAGAUAACGACAUUUUACAAGAGUAUGUUGAUAUUAAUUAUUUUAGUGAUAAAUGUGUACAAAAUGAAGAAAAUAAUAAUUAUAGUUUAAAAUCAGAUAAAUAUUUAUAUAAAGAAGAAAAAGACUCUAAGAAAUUGAAUAAUUAUGCAAAAAAUGAAAACCCCACCAAGAAAAUAGAGAAAUUGGAAAAUGAAUGCUAUAAUUUAGGAGAAUUAGCAGAACAUAAAAAAAAAAGAAGUAUUGUAAAAAGGAAUGGAAUAAAUAAAUUAGAAUCAAUUAAAGAUGACUUUAUUUCUAAUGAAGAUGAAAAAAAUUAUUAUAAAAAUGAUAAUAAUAGUUACUCCACUGAUUAUUCCUUGAAUGAAUAUAAUGAAAAAAAAAAUCAUAGUUGUAAUAACAUAAAAAAGAAAUUAGACAAUAAUUAUGUUAACAAUAAUGAUGACCAUAAUAUUUGUAUUAAUAAUCUUUCUCCUCCUUGCAUAAAUGAAAUAUAUUCAAUAAAAAAAGAAAAUUACCUUGAUAAAAAUGAAAUGGGAAAAAAAAAGAGUCUUUUAAAUAAUAAAGAUAUAAGUAUAGAAUUAGAGAGAUAUUCAUCAAAAGAAGAAUAUGAAAUUUCAUUAAAGGAAAGUGAUAAAUAUAACAAUUUGAUAAAAGAUAAAAAUAAAGAAAAUGUUUUUUAUGAUUUAAAAAAAAAAAAAAAAGAAGGAAUUGUUAACAAGUUUAACAGAAAUUAUUCAAAGAAAAAAACGGAGAAUAACAGUAGGAAAUUGAAUAAUUUUAAGAACAUCAUUAAUGAAUAUAAUCUUAAUGAUAAGAAUGAACUUGAUAGUAUAUAUAAUGAAAAUAUUUCAGAUAGUAUAGAUGAUAAUAUGAAAAACAGUAUAUUUGUUAAAACUAAUGAAAAUACUUUUGAUCAAAGGGAUUUUUUAAUUUUAAAAGGAAAGGAAGAAGAUAACUCCCGAUUACAAAAAUGGCUUAGUAAAGUAAAUUCUAGAGAAAAAGAAAAGAAAAAAAAAAUUCAAGAAAAAAAAGAAGAAGCCCAAAAAAAAGAGCUAGUAGGUUGUACCUUUCAUCCUUCUUUAUAUACCAAUAAAAUGAAAAAGACUGAUAUAACAAAAAAAAAAGAAAUAAAUAUAUAUAAUAAAGAAUUCUUUAAUAUGACUGAUAAUUUUAAUAAAAAUAAUUUUUAUAAAGGAGAAGAAAAUAUUGCAUUAAAUAAUUUGAAUCAAUUAGAGAAACAAAAUAAAAAUAAUAGUAGAAGUAGUAGCAGUAGUUACGCUACUUUUAAUAAAAAAAGCAGUACACUUGUAAAUAAUUUUUCGUGUGAAGAUAAAAAAGAAAAUUACUUUAAUAAAAAUUCAAAUUAUAGAAAUAUGUGUUCAACUAUAAUCAUAAAUGAAAUUAAAAAAAAUAAUGAUCAAAUAGGUGAAAUUACUAAAAAACAUAGAAUAGAUAGAAACAAAAUAUUAUAUUGGAAGGGUUUAAAGCAGAAUGAAGAAUUAAAAAAAAAAAAAUAUGAAUUAGAAAAAUUAAAAGAAGAAGAAUUAAAAAGAGAGUGUAUAUUUCAUCCGUUAAUAAAUAAUAAUGAUAAAAUAUAUUUAUCCAAAUUACCAAGAGGAUAUAAAAAAACAGUAGAUAGAAUUAAAAAAGGUAUUGAAGAAAAAAAAAGAGUAAAUGACUUUUUAGAAUACAGAAUUCCAUAUAACAAUAUGAAUGGAAUUGAAAAAACGGAAGUUUCUCCUUUUAGUUUUGAUAAAGGAUUUUAUAAAGUAAAGAUAAAACCAGUUUAUUUUGAAACAAAAAUAAAAAUAUCUGAAAAUAAAAUUGCCUCAUUAGCUAUUCGUGAAGAUGAAGAUCCCUUAUAUAUUGUUGAUAUUUUUUGUAAAAUUCAUGCAAUUAAAAAUGAAGAUAAAAAAAUAUUAAGCGAAUAUAUUCUUGAUGAAUUAAAAAAAUUCCAUUUAAAAAGUUAA